GGUGUCUAAUUCAAUGCAUCAUGCGACAGACACCUCACCGAUGACGAUGAUGCACUCAACCACAGCAGCUACAACAACAACAUCACCAGCUGAAGUCAUGACAGCUGCACUCCCGCGCUGGGCUCAACUCGCGCUGCACACUGUCGGAAUCAAGCCAGAGUCGGAUCCGCUCAGGGUCAUUGGCUAUGCAUUCUGCCUCAACUUUUGCACACUCACGUCGUUGUACAUCAUCCAGCCACUGCGCGACGAGCUGGCAGCCAGCGAGGGCGGCAUCGAGAGCUUGCCGUGGCUGUUUAUGGCAUCGCUGCUCGUCAUGCUGGGCGCAAAUCGAAUCAUGGCGCGGGUCGCUCACAACCGAUCGCCUGCACGCGUCGCGCUGCUCGCCUUCCGUUCGUUCAUCACUGCAUUGAUUGCAUUCAAGGCAGCGCUGUGGCUGGCACGAGGGCACGCGGCGGUGACGUCGUCCCUUGCGAUCGUCUUCUUCCUCUGGUCGGGCAGCUUUACACUGCUCUCCAUGUCGCUCGAUUGGUCGCUCAUCUCGCUGAGCUUUACCAGCGUGCAGUCCACGCAGUUCUUUGGCCUCAUUGCCGCAGGCGGGACGCUCGGUCAGAUUUUCGGCUCGUUCCUGACCCUGCAAUUGAUUGAAUGGACGGGCACCACUGCGCUGCUCCUUGUUGCAGCUGGAUUUCUCGUUGGUUCGCUCCACUGCAUUCGUGCGCUUGGACAAACACUUGCGUUCCACCCGACACUCCCUCAUGCUGGCACCGCCGUCGACGGACCCGCCCCCACCGGCAACACGACGUCGAAACACCCGCCGUUGUGGCGGAGCUUGCAAGCGGUGGCUCACUCGCCGCUCCUCGUCGGUAUCUGUGUCCACGUUAUGCUAUUCACCUUCACGGCAUCGACACUCUACUUUCGAAAGCAACAAAUCCUGCUCGACAGCAUUUCGGAGGGAGACUCGCGCACGGGCUUUCGCGCAACGCUCAACGGCCUCAUCGGUAUCAUGACGUUCUUCCUGCAGCUAUUUGGCACGCGCCGCAUCACGGCAAAGUUUGGCAUGUCUGUCGCGCUGUGCGUCGUCCCGCUCAUGUCCAUUACGGGCUUUGCGGUGCUCUGGCAAUGGCCGCAGCUGAGCACCAUCUCGAUGCUGGUCUUUUUGCGCAAGGUGCUUGGGUUUGCGCUCGACAAGCCCUCACGCGAAUCGCUAUUCACGCGCGUUGCGCCAAGCGAGCGUCUGAUGGUCAAGAAUCUGAUCGACACUGUCAUUUUUCGCGUGGGCGACGCACUCGGUGCUUCCGUCUACCUGCUUCAAGUGCCACACCACACCACUCCUGCUGCAUCCCCAGCGUCUGCACAGCCGAACGAGCUCGCCAUGGCAACGCCGGGACCCGCCAUUCCCCUCGAGGCCAUUGCGAUCGCUGCCAGCUGCUGUUGGCUCGGUGUUUGCUGGUAUCUCGGCUUCCUGUGGCGUCGCGACCAUGCGCGUGCAGCUCAGCACCAUCCCAUGUGACGUGAUCGGCAGCCAAGCAUCAGAGCUAAGCUCCAAACAUGUUUGCUUUCAUAGUGUACAAGUGUAUAUUUUUUCAAAAUGGGUUAACAAAAACAUUGGAAAUG